AUUUCUAGAGAAGAGAAAUGGAUAAAUAAAUUUCAUCGAUUUAAUCAAGAUAAUGUUCUUAUUAUUGCAUUUUUUAUGUUUUUUCUAAUGUUACGAAACUCUUUUCGCUAAUGGAUUUUACUUUCUUUCGGUUUUAGAUGUUCGAUGUUAGAUUCGCAUAAAAAUGAUUAAAUUCACUUAUCGCAUAAUAAACUAUGACAUUCAUAAUUUUCUCACAAUGCGAAAUAUCUUUUAGUGUAGAAUACGAUCUCGAAAGAAAAUGUAAUUUUCGUUCUUCAAUGCAAAAUAAAGUUUUGUUUUUUCAAAGUGAAAUUUCGUGAAAAAUUACUUAAAAUUUGUGAUAUUGUUUUAAUUUAAGCUCUUCAAAUGAUUCAUCGAUUAACAAAAUGUAAUAGAAAACGAGUUAAAAAUUGUAAAAAACAAUCAUCGCCUCUACGCUUUGGAAAUUAUGCAUCAUUAAUAUAUUAUAUUGCAUUCAUUAAUCGUUUCAUGGGUUUUUUACCUUACAAACUCGAAUCGUCGAAAUUUAUGUACUCGAAAUUACACUCCGUUUUCUCUACAAUUGUAAUUAUCAUUUAUUUAUUUCUCGCAAUUAUCUCCUUAUAUGAAAUUAACUUUUAUAUUAUAAUAUAUGACGGAAUACCUAGACUGUUACAUCGUAAUUCUAUUGCGUUAUUUGGUCCUGCAGUAUUCAUUUGUAGUUAUAUCUCAAAUCGAUCAACAGUUCAGGCGAUUCAACGUGUUCAGCAUGUUUCUUACGCACUAUCUGCAGAAAUUUUUAACAAAUUGAUCAAAAUAUUUCUUAUAAAAGAUAUAUUAUUUUUUAUGCCAUUAGGACUUCUUGUACCAUUUCUUAUAAUCAAUCAUGAAUUUUGUGUUUUUCUUUUUAUUUGUUGGUAUUCAUUUUUUGGACUUCUCAUAAUAAGUACUUUAUACUUGAACAAUGUGUACAUAUUAAAUGCUUGUUUCAAAUUUAUAAAUAAUUCUUUAAUAAAAAUUAAGAAAAUUCUAAUCAACGAUGAGCCUCAUCUUCUCAGAAGAGAGUAUCAUAUGAAAAAAAAUCCCAUUUUGCUUAUGGAAUUGAGGAUUCUUAAGAAACAAUAUACGGAAUUGAUAGAAGUUGUUCAGUUAUUAAAUCAUUCAUAUAGCUUGAAAAAUGAAAUGAUAUUAUUGAUGUUAUUCUUCGAUAUUACGUUCAACUUAUACAUUUAUCUAAUAUUAUACAAUACAGAAGUAGGCAAGAUCACAAAGAUAAACAGUACUCUUGGAUUUGCAAUUUUCUAUGUCGUAUAUAUUGUUAUUUCUGUUUCAAUCAUUGAAAUUAUUAGAGUCCAAAUGAAAAAAAUUGGCUCAAAUAUUCAUAAAAUUCUCGUGAAUACUUUUGAUGAUCAAAUUAUAACGGAGUUGGAGUUAUUUUCUUUAGAAGUGCUGCAAAAAGACAAUAUAUUUGUGAUGUUUGGACUCGAAAUAGACUUGACUCUUGUGACAGAGGUAAGUAAAGAGAAAAUUUUAUCGAGGAAAUCCAUCAAUUUUUUUUCAUCAAUUCUAUUUUAUUUUAUAGAUGACAUAAAUAAUUGA